AUGUCUCCCAGUAGCUAUCCAAGGAGCCCGCCACGCGCCAAGUCGGCACCGCCGCUCAGUCAUGCUGAAAGCACACUUGACUGGAGUGAUGACUCGGACCAGCCCGAAGACGAGCAGGAAGAUGAUAUGGAUGCUGGAGAGAGAGUUGGCCCCGGUAAGAGUGAGCCGGAGACCGGCUCGCUGAAGUUCGAGCACAAGAAGUUCAAAAAUACCCAAAGCCCCAAGGAAGCCGACUUCUACCUGCACGAACAGCGCGCGCGCCUUCUAAAUAAAACCAGAUACCAGUGCGACCAUGAACUCGACCACUUAUCUACAAGGGCCUUCAACGCACUCCAGAACGAGAUUGCAAUGUGCACAGAUAAUGUGUUCGAGCAAAUCGACAUGGAGAAGCAGCCGCACUUGGUCCAGAUGGCAGAGGAAUUAGUACGCUGCCAAGAGAAGAUCCUGAACGCCUUGGAGGUGGAAACAAGGUCUUGGCAUGCAACGAAAGUGAGAUGGAUCGACGAGAGAAAAAGGCUAAAAGAAGAGGUCAAGCAGGCUGUGGCCAAGUCGGUCUCGGCUGCGGAUCGAAAGAUGAAUGAUUUGAAGAAGGAGAACCGGAAGCUGAAGGGGAUGAUUGCGGAACAAAGACAGGCAGUGUUUCUCAUGAAAUAUGCCCAAACGCACAAGGAUAGCCAGGAAUGGGACUACGACAUCAGCGAUGCGGCUGAUGAUGUUGCACAAGUCCGGGUGGAGCUUCUGAGAAGUCGGAUCGAGUUUGUGUCAGUUUCUAGAAAGAGGGGGGAAGUAUCUCGGCCCAACAUCAAGGAAAGGAUCCUGGAGGAGCUGCACCGGAUUCUAAACGCCGAGUGGGCGACGGAUCAAGAGGAGAUGGCCAGGUUUUACUACGAUCGAGGACUGUCUCUUUUGAUGAAGGAUGCAGAGGCAGCGGUAGCAAGGCCCUCGGUUUCCGUCAGCAUAUAUUCUCCUUGCCCGCUGCCGCUGGGCGAGUUCACCACCGCCACCAUGCCGUCCUUCAAGCUGCUCUUCCUGCUCGCCGUCGCGCUGCUGGUGCUCUGCCCCGCCCCCGCCGCGGCCUUUGGCGCCGGCAACAUCGCGAGCAUCUCCACCAUUGAGGGCAAGAACUGGCGCCAUGGCGACAUCGAGGACAUGCUCAAGACUGUUGCCUGCCUCAAGGGCCACAAGUGGUCUUCCAUGAUGAUCAAGCGCGUCUACUUCGGCAACUGGCUGCGCGACUAUUCGCAGGCUGUCGACGUCGGCACCCUCAAAGGCGUCCAGGCAGACACGAUCCGCAUUCUCGUGUGGAUUCUCGCCUUCAUGUCCUUCGGCUACGCCACAAAGGAAUUCGAGGUCACGCACGAGCGCCUCGGAGUCUAUCGUCCGGAGGAGCACAUUGAUAACCCCAAGGACUACGCAGACAACCAAGAUGCCCGGCAGUACGAUUCGCGCUUGCGCGGGCCUGUGUCGCAGGAAGAACUUGACAUCGAUCCUCAGACUGGCAUGAAAAACUACAUCGCUAAUGAGCGCGGUGGCUGGGCAACGAGCGCCGGUUACAUCAGGCACAGUUUCAAGCGUGCCAUCCACUAUGGCCGCAUGUACACCCACGGCGCUGGUGGUAGCAAGGGACGUGAGGAGGACCUCUGCGAAGCCCUCCGCUGCCUUGGCCAAGGUCUCCAUUGCAUCGAGGAUUUUGGUGCUCACACUAACUACACCGAGCUCGCUCUGCGCGAGCUGGGCUUUCACAAUGUCUUCCCUCACACUGGCACUGCCACUCAAAUGAACCUCCAUGGAAAGCAUGUCUUCCCGCUCGUCACUGGUACUUUCGGCGGCGUCGAUUUCCUGCACUCCGUCCUGGGUGAGGCUACAGAUCAUUUUACCCAGUCCAACGUCGAUACCUCGGAGAUCGACGAGCUGAAUCUCCAGCUCGGGAAUGCCUCUGGAACUUCGGGGAAGCGCUCUAGCGGUGGAAGUGCUGGUGGUGAUGUCGAGGCUUUGACCAGCCUUCUGAGCAAGAUCCCCGGCACUGGUUCGCUUUGCAAAGAGGCUGCCGAGCUGAAGGCUUCAUCAGACGCCCAGGCCGCAGAAAAUGCCCGCAUGAGCGGCGCCGGUUAUGGCAGCUCUCGCGCCGACCCUACAUUCGCUGCUCCUCCUGGCUCUGUUGGAGGCCCCCCUGGCCCUGGCAUUCCGGGUAUGAGCCCCGACUUCGAUCCUCAGUCCAUGGUGCCCAAGAUCUAUCCUAUCCUGGAAUUCCGCGACAAGGUUGUCCGUGCUAUCAGCAGCGUUAUUUCCAAGAUCCCAGGCCUUGAGUCUCUCGUCGAGAAGAUUUCAGAGCGUGUGACCAUGUUUGUCUUCGCUCUGCUUGCUCCAUUCGUUCAGCCCAUCAUUGCUGCUGCUUCGAAGCAACUCAAGACCGGUUCUUCUGCCGUCAUCGAUGCCAGCGGCAAGCACCAGUACGAACCUUGGACGGACCCUCACUGCACUGAUCCGACUCACUCCCUUUUGUCCAAGGAUCACUUUUCCAACAUCCUCAACGAGCCCGCUGGCCAGAUCGCUUCAGCCAUUCUGCAGUACGUUGCUCCGCGUGUUAUUUACGCCAUGGACCACCCGAAUGUGCCAGUCGAUGAGGUCCUCAACGACGUUGUGCGUGUAUUCCAUCACCCUGCCUUGCGCGAUCGUCACUGCGAGCUGCAUCGUAACAUGUUCUCCGUCGUCGAGAAGUGGGUGCAUUCUCGUUCCGAUCGGGGCCAUGGUCUCAACAACAUCCUUAGCUCUGAGUCCGUUCGCGCUGGCAAGAACCAUUCCGGUGAGCAGGGCGGACACGGACACGGACACGGUGGCCAUGGCCAUGGUGGUCACGGGGGCUACGCCGCUCACACUAGCAGUGGCAGUGGCGGUGGGGCGUCGAGCUUUGGCAACUUGGCAGGUCUCGCGAACCUUGGAGGUUCUGGAGGAGGAAGUUCCAGCGGUGGCGUUGGAGGUCUGCUCGGAAAUAUAGGCAAGUUGACUGGUGGAAGCAAUCCGCUUAGUAGCUUCCUGGGUGGCAGUGGUGGCAAGCGUGAAGUCGAUUCACCGCCACAGUCAUACAGUCCUGGCCCUCCGCAAUCCCAGACGAACUUUCACCCCUACGGAGAGCACUACGCUCAAUCGCCUGGUCCACACGGCUAUCAGUACCAGCAGGACGCGCCGUUGCCACCGGGUCCGCCACAGAAUAACCCCGCGGAUCCGUACGCCUUCCCGAGCCAGUACCAGCAGGGCUGGCAAGACGGUGGCCCGCCGAUGGCACCUUACGGCCAACAGCCUCCCCCGCCUCAUGGGGGUUAUGGCGGUCCACCUCCGGAUCAGUACGGCCAACAAGGUCACUGGGGGCAGCAACAGCAACCGCCGCCGCCGCCAGGCGGUUACUGGGGUGGCCAGUAUUAG